AUGUCGGACAUGUCUCCGGCGCCGGCGCAUGCUCCUGACAACGGGGCCGACCUACGAGCAACAAGCUGGCCUCAUUCAACCACCGAUCACCGCUAUUACAACCACCCAGUAAGAAAAACAUCGCAAAACUUUGCUUCUACAAUCGUCUGGACUACUUUUCCAUUUGCAAUGUCGGGAGAAGCCUCUCCGGUUCACAACUCAAUACAGGAGAUCAACGACGAUUCCUGGGUUAUCGGGAACCAGUUGCUCCUCUCUCGGAGAAGCUCGCCUCUGUCCGCCGGCCCCUAUUGGAGUGAUGGCAAAGGCUCAUUUUACGUUAUUUCUAAUCCCUCGUAUCCGCUACCUCCUUUACGACCAUUGACAGCCACGAGCAACAUCCAGAUAGUCCAUGAUGCUGGUGGGGUUUCAGCGGUGUGGAGCAUUGGUGAUGCCUUUUGUAAAGUCAAGAUCCUAGAUCAGUAUGCAACUCGAGAGCAUAUCACACUGAACUACCUCCGCGAGAAAAGCCCGUUAGGUUUUGCUAUUCCAGAAGUCCACCACCAUGCAGAGUACGAUGGGCGAUACUACGUCUUUCUGAGCAGACUGAGAGGUCAGACUCUUAGUAAAACAUGGCCUAAUAUGCACGAGAUAAUGAAGCAACACUACGUUUCUCAAGUCGCAAAUAUAUGCAAGGAACUUGCAGCCUGGCAGGCCGAAAGUAUUUGUGGUGUUGAUGGCCAGCACUUAUCGGACCACUUCCUAACUCGGCUUGGGUUUCCUGAUGACUGUAGUCCUCAAAAUCUUCUCAAAAAUUGUAAGGAGCUGGGACUGGAUUGCUCAAAGUUCUACUUCUACCACUGUGACUUGGGACCAGGAAACCUCAUUGUGGAUACUACGACACGGUCUCUAGGUAUCAUUGACUGGGAAACGGCGGGAUUUGUUCCAAAGGAAUGGAUAAGGACCAAGUUUUGUGUUUCAAGUGGAAUGGACCUACCUGGAAACGACCCAAUUUUGAAAGUAGAUUGGAGGAAAAGGCUCUCAAAACAACUAGAGAAUGAUGGCUUUGCCGAGGUUGCUGAUCAAUGGAUAGACUGGUGGAGUAAGAAAGACUGA